CUCCUCCCUGUGAAUUCAGAGGAAAAGUUUCCUCCUCUCACUCUUCUGGUGUAGCAACGGUUUGACUCAGUUAUUAGAAGAUACUCCAGUGGUUGUCUGUUUUCUUCAAGCAAAAGGGAAGUUUGGGCAUGAAAGUGUUUGGCGGGUAGCAAAAGCACUAGAAUCUGUUCUCCCAGUGUGCGGCAUCAUGAAGCCGUUACUGCGCUUCAGCUUCCCUCUGUGGACUCUUCUGGUCUUCUGCGCCUUCCUCAAGAGCUCCCAAGCACAAAAUAUCUCAAAUUGUGCAACAGGAACCUUAAAUAUAACAACCACCACAACAACAGCAGAUCUCACCUUUCAACUUGACCCAAACUGCAGCUUAACAGUUGGCGGUAAUAUGUCUGAAAAAGGUUUAAUAACUGGUCUGACUCCUGGAGCUGUCUAUCAAAUUGUCUUAAACUGUUUAGGCUCCUGCAAUAUGUCAAACAUCACAACAAAGCCAGAAACGGUCAGUUUAACAGUCACUGAUAUCACAACAUCCUCUAUGUUUGUGAGCUGGACUAAACCAGUGGGAAACAGCUUCUUCUAUAAAGUACAGUGGACGAACUUCUCUGUAAAUGUCAGUGAGACAUUUUAUAAUAUUAUUAACCUGACUGCUGGUGUCCAGUAUGAAAUAAAUGUCACUGCAGUGGCUGGUGAUGGUUCUACUGAGGGACAGAGUGCUACUGUCACCAAGUACACAAGUAAGUGAGCAUUUACAUGUUUUCAUACUGUGAAUUAGUGACUGUCUGCUGAGGGUAUCUGGUAAAAUAAGGAGUCUUCUAUCAUCAUAAGAUAAGUUAAAUUCAAAGGAAAGUAGAAGAAGAAAUCCAGAUGUAGAAGAAGAAGCCCUUUGAAGUGAGAAGGUUGGAUCUCUCACCGAUGUGUCCUCAUAUAACAGCUGUAGUUGUGCUCACUCUGUGUUUGAGUAACAGCUCCAAUAAUGGUUUGCAUUUCUUCUGUACGUCUAGUUUAGAUCUUCCUCUGAACUUCCAGCUGCAUGAAAUGUUACAGGGUCAGCAUGUUGCUGCUCGUGUGUUUUUACUGUAACUUUGAGACAGAGAAGACUUGAGCCGAUUUAACAGCUGCUUCUAUCUUGUAGAGUGGACAGAUAGACAUUUAAAUGAGAAUCACAGUGUGAAUAACACAUAAAUAACCAUCAGUGCACUAACUGCCUGUGUACAGAUUUAGCAUUACUGCAGUGGCUGGUUGAUAUAAGAUUUUUUGGUUUUGUGAUUAUGUUUAGUUGUAGCUUCAUUUAAAGGAAGAAGAGCUUGUGAAUUGGAACCACCACAGAGAAAGGGAGUGAAAACAUAUGUGCAGAGGAAUGUCUGAAUUUCUAUAGAUACCAAGUUAUCUCCUGUUUCAGCUGACAAGCGAACAGUCUCUCCUUUUAUGGAAAUGUUUUAUAUUUUGAACAUGCCACUCCUACUUCCUUGAAAACUUGUUUAAGUAUAAAUAAAGAAAGCUCUGAAAGCCCUGGGCGGUUUUUCCUCUGUCUCACAUCUGUCCUGCACACCUCUGGCACAGGAUGGAUCGGACGGUGAGGGACAAUCGUCCAUGUGUG